GCGCUAAUCUACAACCCGUGUGCUGCCGACCAGCUCCCGCAUCAUCCACCACCGUCUUCCCUGUGUUGCUCACCAUCUCAUCGCGCAAAUGCAGAUUGCUUUCUUCUUUCGUCUUACUUCCUUCCGAAUUACACCAGGUCUACGACUGAGCAUAAUCCCAUACCACAAAAUCCCUCUCGAACUAACCAGAACGCCCCAAUCGCUCCCUUCAUCCGUUCUGUCACCAGUUCUGUGCCAGAAUGCCCGGUCCGCCCCCCGGCUACACGCCAUGGAGCCAAGAAGAAAGGAACAAACUUAUAAAGUUGAGAGAUGAGUACUCUGAACUGUCCUGGAAACAGUUUCACAAGUUAGAACUGUUCCCCGACCGCACGAACGGUGCGGUUAUAGCCAUGUACAACAGGAUGAAGCUUGAGAUGGCUGAAAUGAGCGAUAAUGAAGGCGAGUCCGACGGCAAUACUGGUGAUGCGGGUGAGAGCGAGGCAGAGUCAUACGCUCUAGAGAAGAUCUCUAAAAAGGACGAGCUUAUGAAACAUAGCUCCGCUGCGGAUAACAAGGGUUCAAAGCCUCUGGUGGAGUAUGACACAACCGACAGCGAGACGGAUGCAAAGGGCACGAGCUGUGCUCGUGAUUCUCCUACGUUCGACCCGAGCACCCCCCGGCCAAAGAAACGCAAACAAACUCGUGUGCCUCAGAACCAGAGCCAGAGCCCUCGUCCAGAAUUCAGCCGCCGUCCCACCACUCCGUUCUGGAUACAGGCACAACAGAGAGCAAUGAGGGCCGCCAGCAUAACUCAAGACACAAAGCCAGUCCUGCCGUCCCAUCCGUUUCCUCCAGCAAGCGAAUACGCUCCGAGAAUACACUUCCGGGCCACUUGGGAUACCGACUACUCGGCCGACGACACCCAACUGACCCUCGGAGAACACCUCAAGGAGAUAGAGGGGCAGAAUGCAGCCAUGCAUAAAGAAAUCGAGGAACAGAUCCAGAGGCUCAAGCGGGAGUCAACCGCUGCUAAGGAACGCUCGAAUCAGGCAGCGACGCUACUCAGAAAGCUACAGCAGUUGGGGGGCUUGCUCAAUCUAAGUCCUUCAGAGGUAUCUACAUUGAUCGAUGUGAUUAAGGCCAGCGAGUUCAGCCAUGCGGGUACAACCUCAGGAUGAUCGUGGGGUUUCUCUGACUUGCGGGGUUCAAAGGGGUAUGGAUGAUGCUAAUAUUGCUUGACCAUGAAGAUCGGUGAGAAUGAGAUUUGUUGGUUUGUACUUCGAAUGCUUUAAUUGACAGUUACUUUAACAAGAUUGCUCCUGCCAUGUCUUAGGUUGUUCACUCACUUCCAUGGCAUCGUCUUUGUCUGAAGAAGGUUUUAGCACGCAACAGCGUGACGCUUUUUUAUCACUUAGCUAUCACCUCUAGUCGCUACUCAUGGAAAGUCUUUUUCUUCCAGAAUCCAACC